UUGCACAGUUUUCAAGGAGAUACAUAAUUAUUUCACGAUUCAGUAGCAAAUGAACAGUUCAUGGGUAAAAAUUUUCAUGGGCCGGCCACACAAAAUUGAACACAGAGAGUGAGGAAGAGGGAGUGGGGAUGUGAAUGAGUAAGGAAGGAGAGAGUGAGGUAAGACGGAAUGAAGGAAGGGAGGGAGAGAAGAAGAGGGGAGGGAGGGAGUGUGCAGCUGACCUCGCAGGUACCGUGGAGGUA